AUGGCGGCAAAAUGCUUACAGUUCGUAGCCAUUUUGGCAGUGCUUGGCAUCUCUGAAGUGAGCCUGGAGAAACCACACUCCUCGCCUUUCAAAUUCACCCAUCAUGUUUACAAUGCUACCAUCUAUGAAAAUUCCUCCCCCAAGACCUAUGUGGAAAGCACCAUUAAAAUGGGCAUUCAGAUUACAGAUGCCAUCAUAGACAUUCAAUAUAAAAUAGUUUCUGGAGACAAUGCAAACAUUUUCAAAGCUGAAGAAUAUGUGGUAGGUGAUUUCUGCUUUUUACGCAUAAGAACCAGAAGCUCUAAUAUGGCUGUCUUAAACAGAGAAGUUAAAGAUCAUUAUAUACUGACAGUCCAGGCAUCUGAACAGACAUUCUAUCAUGAAAGCUGGACCAAAGUGAUGAUACAAAUCCUUGACAGGAAUGACUUACGUCCACUCUUCUCGCCUCUGUCAUAUGUUGUCUCCGUACCAGAGGAUACCCCAUUGAGAUCAAAUAUUGCCAGAGUCACGGCAACAGAUGCUGACGUUGGAAGCAAUGCUGAGUUUUAUUACGCCUUCAAGGACAGGACUGACAUCUUUGCUGUUCACCCCACCAGUGGGAUUGUCACGCUGGCAGGUCGCCUGAAUUACACAGCGCUGAAGCAGUAUAACCUGCGAAUCUUGGCAGUGGACCGCAUGAUGAAGCUGCGUGGAGGCAGUGGGAUUGGUAGCAUCGCAAAGUUAAGCGUCAAUGUGGAGGAUGUUGGUCCAAAGGUGCCAGGUAUUCUCUCCGUACGCCUGGUUCCUCCUGGAUCUGACCACCAUGUCACAUAUGCUAUUAUCACCGCAGAAGGAGGAGCUGAAACGGUGGAUAUUGUAAAUGGGGAUCCAUCACAUCACUUUCGACUGGUUCCUUUCUACUACAACAGUCAGGAGUUCAAGCUCAUUUAUAACAAUGAGGCCAACUGGGCGAGCAAUCCCCAUGGUUAUAACCUGUCUCUGCAAGCAAGGCAGAAAAGCCACCCCACAAACAAUUCACCAAUAAAAAUCAUUCACAUACCACCCAAACAAACAGCAGAAUUAAAGUUUGAGAAAGACCUCUAUGAGGUUGAAUUAUGUGAGUUUGCACCCCCAAAUAGCCCUGUUGUGAUGGUUAAAGCUCAUCCUCAACUUCCAAAUCAGGCAUAUCAGUUGGAACGUAAUCAUGAUAGUACAAAGUUUAAGAUAAAUCCUCAUACUGGCUUCAUUACCACUGCAGGUCCAAUGAAUUUCUUGGAACAGUCCCAUUUUGAACUGAAAGUGAAGGCCACUGCCGGACAGAUCUCAACAAGAGUUCUUAUCCAUCUCAUAGACUCCAAUAAUAAUUUUCCAGAGUUUAUUGCAUCUUCAUACCAAGGGAGUAUCGAUGAAAAUGUUCCAGUUGGAACAAGUAUUUUAACAGUGAAUGCCACUGACAAAGACCAGGGUGAAAAUGGCUACGUCACAUACAGCAUUGCCAAUGUGGCUCCCGUUCCAUUCAACAUUCAUCCUUUCACAGGUACCAUUGUCACAGCCGAGGACCUGGAUUAUGAACUCAUGCAGCGAGUCUACCAUCUGCGAGUCUGGGCCUCUGACUGGGGCUCACCGUAUGACUAUGAGGUGGAAGUCCCUGUCACGAUUUACUUGAAGAACCUGAAUGACAAUGAGCCACUAUUUGAGAAGAAUAAUUGCCAGGGUAACAUUUCAACAAAUCUCCCCAUCGGGCACCUCAUCACCACUGUCUCGGCAGUUGAUGCAGAUGAACUGCAAGGGAUCAAAUACAAACUGUUUUCUGGUAAUGAACUGGACUACCUUGAUCUCAAUCCGAUUUCUGGGGCCCUGACGUUGAAGAAUCCCUUCCCUUACAGCCCGGGCAGUGUAAUGUCCUUUAAUCUUAAGAUCACAGCCACAGAUGGGGAGCACUACGCUUCUGCUAUAGAUGUUAACCUUACUGUUACAGACAAUGCAAAAAUGGUCAGUGUACAGUGUGAAGACACUGGAGCAAUUAAACAGCUCGCAGAGACCCUCCUACUUUCUGUUAAGCCUCAUCAUCAACCACAUGAAGACGAUUCCUUUUCCUAUGCCCAUGUCAUCAAUGGCCACACUCCACAAUUUGAUGUCAAUUUUCCAAACUCCAUUGAUGUAAGAGAGGACAUCCCAGUCAAUUCAACCAUCUUGACUAUUCACGCAACUGAUCCUGACUCCGGUUUUAAUGGUAAACUACUCUAUGUGAUUGCAGAAGGGAAUGAUGAUAGCUGCUUCAUUGCAGAGAUGGAGACUGGUGAUCUAAAGGUGAUAUUACCCUUAGAUUAUGAAACCACAAAUCUUUAUACUUUAAACAUUACAAUAUAUGAUCUCGGAAGGCCCCAGAAAUCCUCUUGGAGGCUAUUGGCAGUGCAUGUGCUGGAUGUAAAUGAUAAUAAACCAGUAUUUUUACAGGAUAGUUAUUCAGUGAUAGUUCCUGAAAACAUAGAACUUGGAAGGAUUGUAACCCAGCUGAAGGCUGAAGAUAAUGACCUGGGAAACAAUGGAAAAAUAGAAUACUCACUCCUGACUGACACCAAAACCUUUUCCAUCGAUAAAAAUUCAGGUGCCGUGUUUGUCACCGGUGCAUUAGAUCGGGAACAUCAACCAAUAUAUGUUCUGAAGAUCGAAGCCAGCGAUCAGCCUCGUUCAGAACCCAAACUGUUCUCGACCACUGAGCUAACAAUAGUCCUAAAAGACGUCAAUGAUAAUCCACCCAAAUUUGUCCCAUCAUUCUACAGAGUGAGAGUUCCUGAAGAUCUUCCAGUGGGGACUGUUAUAGUCUGGCUGGAGGCCUUCGAUCCAGAUCUUGGAGAGGGAGGUGAUGUACACUAUAGCCUGUUAACUAAAGAGAAAGCUUUCAGAAUUGACAAACUUGUGGGAGCAAUCCGCAUCAAUAAGCAAUUAGACUUUGAAACCAACCCCUUCUAUAAUCUCACUGUUCAUGCCGCUGAUGAUGGGAAACCAUAUUCUCUGAGCUGCACAGGCUAUGUGGAGAUUGAAGUGACUGACAUCAAUGAAAACCUUCACCGUCCUCGCUUCUCUUCCAUUGCAUUCAAAGAUGCUGUCAGCGAAGGGGUGUCUGUGGGAACCUCAGUGAUGAGACUUACUGCGCAGGAUGAAGAUAAAGGGAAGGAUGGUGAGAUUCGAUACUGGAUCAAGGGUGGGACAGGUCUAGGAGUCUUCACAAUUCAUGAAGAAACAGGAAUAAUCAGGACAGCAGAGCUCCUUGACCGGGAAAGAUAUCCCCAUUACUGGCUGACUGUCCUUGCCAAGGAUUUAGGAGUUAUUCCACUGACAGCUUCUACUGAGGUCUUCAUCAAGAUCUUGGACAUUAACGAUAAUCCUCCUCAGACCACAGCGCCUGUUUACUAUGCCUCCAUCAUGGAAAACUCACCUAUGGAGCAGUCUGUCCUUCAGAUUAAAGCUGAUGAUCCUGACUCUAGUUCACAGGGCCAGCUGACUUUCAGGAUCAACAGUGAAAACCCGAGAGGAUUCUUUGCUAUUGACACAAAGACGGGUCUCAUCACCACGACAGCACGUAAACUGGACCGUGAAAAACGAGGAGAACACAACCUAGAGGUGACCGUGAGCGACAAUGGCGUUCCUCCAAAACAGUCCACAGCAAAAGUGGUGGUAGAAAUUUUGGAUGAAAAUGACAAUGCUCCCAGGUUCCCAGAGGUCCUGUACAAUGUUAAAGUGCUAGAACGUGGCAGCUCCACCAAGCCAGAACCCAUCUACAAGGUGAUCGCUUCUGAUCAAGAUGAAGGCUCAAAUGCAGAUGUCACUUACAGCAUUGAAGACAGCACUGAAGAGGAGAAAUUUAGCAUUAAUCCUAAAUCUGGACUGGUGUCCUCCACAUGGGCAUUCUCCCCAGGCGACUAUGACAUUCUGACAAUCCGUGCCUUGGAUAACGGGAUUCCCCAGAAAUCAGCGACAGUUCGUCUGCAUAUUGAAUGGAUUCAGAAACCUUUGCCGUCUAUUGAGCCUUUGGUAUUCGAUGAACCUCAUUUUAACUUUGCUGUCAUGGAGACAGAUCCUGUGAAUCAUAUGGUUGGGGUGACCAGCACAGAACUCACAAAGAGUCAGUUGUGGUUUGACAUCAUUGGUGGGGAUGACGAGGAGGAGUUUGAAAUUGAGAAGAACAGUGGCACAAUCACCAUUGCCAAACCACUAAAUGCCAGCCGGACAUCAAAUUACAAUUUGACAGUACAACUGACCAAUGGAACAGAUUCCGUCACCGCUCAGGCAUAUGUCAAAGUGAUUGACAUCAAUGAACACCGGCCACAGUUUUUGGAGAGUAAAUAUGACAUAUGGAUUCCCGAAGACACUCCUCGCAUGACUGAAAUUAUGCAGAUCAGUGCCCAGGACACAGAUGGGAGUAACAAGCUAAUUUAUACCAUCCAGAGCAGCGUUGAUCCUCAGAGUGUAAACCUGUUUUACCUGGACCCUGCCAGUGGCGUGCUACAGACUACUGAUGAACUAGAUUAUGAAUCAAUCCACUUGCACACUCUUACCGUCAUGGUGCGAGACCAGGAAGUUCCAGUUAAACGGAACUUUGUACGAGUCAAUAUUAAUGUGGUGGAUUCCAAUGACCACCCACCCAGGUUUACCAGCCCUGCUUACAAAGGCAGUAUCAUAGAAAGUGCACCACUUGGAUCUGAAGUUCUGCAAGUGACUGCCUUGGACAAGGACACAGGAAUGAAUGCAGAAGUCACAUACUCCAUUCAAUCAGGCAACAGUGGCAACAUGUUUGAUAUUGACCCAGCUUCAGGCAAGAUAACCGUGGCUAAGAAGCUAGACCAAGCAGUCAAAGGAUUCUACAGUUUGACAGUGAAAGCCAAGGAUCAAGGCUAUCCUCAACUCAGUACCCUUGUUGAUGUCGAUAUCACAAUCACUGUUUCUGAUAACUCACCUCCAAAAUUCCUGAUAAAGGAGUACUUUGCAGAAAUCAGUGAAGCGACAGAGAUCGGAUCAUCUGUUGUUAUGGUAUCUGCAGCCAGUCAGUCAGCCGUUACUUACGAAAUUAAGGAUGGAAACCUAGAUGGCACAUUUCACAUCAACUCAUUUACGGGUGUAAUAUCAGUUCAGAAGAAGCUGGACUUUGAAAAUAUUUCAGUUUAUAAACUAAGGGUUUGGGCCACCAAUAUGGCAGGUCUAUACAGCAGCUCCCUGGUAUUAAUCGACAUUUUAGAUGAAAAUGACAAUGCUCCUGCCUUUAUUCGGUCUCAGUACAUAGGUAAAAUUGUUGAGAAUUCUCCAAUAAACAGUCUUGUGCUGGAUGACAGAAAUGCACCUCUCAUUAUCCAAGUCAGUGAUCGAGACAAAGAUAUCAAUGGUAUGGUGGUGUAUCAGAUCAUGGAACCCGAUAUGCUGAAAUACUUCUCUAUUGAUCCUGAUAUGGGUACACUCAGCACGGCCACUGUCAUUGACCAUGAACUGAACUCUGUCUUUCAUCUUACCGUGCAGGUGCACGAUCGUGGGCAUCCCAGCCUGUUCGCAAAAGAAGUAGCGAGUAUCACUGUAACAGUAACGGAUAUUAAUGACUGCCCGCCGAAGUUUGAGAAAGAGCUGUAUGAGUCCACUUUACUGACCCCUGCUCACAACGGAACUGCUAUUCUCACUGUUAAAGCCACUGAUGCAGAUUCUGACAGCUUCUCAACGAUUGUGUACAGUAUCGUGGAAGGGAAUAUUGAGGAUGCAUUCACCAUUGAUUCAGUAACUGGAUUAAUUUCAGUCAAGAACAUGGGCAGUCUCAAGGACCAUUCUGAAUUGAUAGUUAGAGCGUCUGAUGGUACACAUAAAAGCACUUCUGUGGUAAAAAUAAAAAUAUCCAACAUAAAGGAAAGUGGCCUCACCUUUGCUCAGAGUUUAUAUUCAUUCUCAGUGUUAGAAAACACUACGCUGGCUGAGACCUUGGGGGUUGUGAAAGCCUUGGGCAAUCAAUUGAAUGAACCCAUCUUUUAUUACAUAUUAAAUCCAGAUGAGAAGUUUCGAAUCAUCUACACAUCAGGUGCUUUUCAAACGACCGGGAUGGAAUGUGAUCGUGAGGAAAAAGAAGAAUAUGAGUUUGUUGUUGAGGCCCGUGAUAUGCGCGAUCCUCCCAGGGUUGCCCACACUUUGGUUAAAGUCCUUGUGGAGGACGUGAAUGAUAACGCUCCCGAAUUUAUUCACUUACCUUAUCUAACUACAGUCCAAGAUGACGCAGAGCCGGGUGAUGUUAUAAUCCAAGUCUCUGCUAAUGAUAAAGACACUGGAGACAAUGCAGUUGUCCACUACAGCCUUCUGGAUCACCACAGGUAUUUCUGGAUUGAUCCGUAUCUUGGAGAUAUUUCACUCAGCGAGCACCUUGACUCUGAAGCAGCAGAUAAGUACAUAUUAACCAUCAGAGCUCAGGAUAGAGGGGAUCCACCACGUUAUGCCCAGACCGAAGUAGCUGUUACUGUAAGAGAUAAAAUCAGCCCCGUGUUUGAGAAAGCCUACUACAGGGUCAGUGUACCCGAAAAUAUUUCUCCCUACACCCCAGUUUUUCAUGUGCAUGCCUACAGCCCUUCGGGGUUCCGACUGAUCUACAACAUCGUCACAGAGAGCGCAUUGCACCUAUUCGCUAUCGAGUUCAAGGCUGGAGUGCUGAGCGUGAUAGAUUUCUUGGAUUAUGAAAGGCAGACGAAGCACACGUUCACGGUGAGAGCCACCGACUCAGUGACCGGAUCAUAUACAGAGGCCGUCAUUGAGAUUGAGGUCGAAGAUGUCAAUGACAACCCCCCUGUGUUUGUGGAAGUGGUCUACAGUGCGACAUUAUCAGAGGCCUCGGCCAUUGGCACUUCGGUGGUGAGAGUGAGUGCAACUGAUGCUGAUUCUGGAAGAAAUAAAGUUAUUAGCUACCAGUUUGCAACCAUUAUCAAUGGUUCAGAAUACUUCAAUAUUGACACCUCCAAUGGACUUGUAACAACUGCUCGUGUACUUGACUAUGAACAAGUUCAGCAUUAUACGCUUACAAUCAGGGCUAUAGACAAUGGUAUUCCUCCAUUAAGCAGUGAGGUUCUUCUAAAUGUAAAUAUUUUGGACUUUAAUGAUAAUCCACCCAUAUUUCAGCAGAACCAAUAUGAGACAACAAUAAGUGAAGUGGCUACUUGUGGCCAUUUUGUUAUCCGGGUUCAAGCAAGAGAUUCGGACAGCAUGGACAUCAACAACCUGGAGUAUAUCAUCUCAGAUGGGAAUGAACAGCGGCAUUUUACAAUCGGGACAAAAUCGGGAAUCAUUUCUGUGUCAAAUUCAUGCAAGAAAAUAUUGGAAGACAAUUACCACUUGAACGUGUCUGUUUCUGAUCGGGUUUACAGGCGAUCUAUACCAGUCCAAAUUAAAACUACCAAGACAAAUAAAUACAAGCCCAUCUUUGAUCAAAAUAUCUACGAGGUUGAACUUGCUGAAAAUGCAAAAGUGGGGACACAUGUGAUUCAACUCCUCGCUGAAGAUUCAGACUCCGGCUCGUACGGCAGUAUCGAUUACACAAUCAUAAAUAAGUUAGCAAAAGAGAAAUUCAGCAUAGAUAACAAUGGUCAUAUCUUAACCUCACAGAAGCUGGAUCGUGAGAACUCAACAGAAAAGCUCAUCGCCAUUAAAGUGAUGGCAAAAGAUGGCGGUGGCAAGGUGGACUUCUGUACGGUCAAUAUUAUAUUGACGGAUGAAAAUGAUAACGCUCCCCAGUUCCAAGCUGCUGAAUACAAAGUUCACGUCCCUGCCACCACCCUUAAGGGAGCCCCUGUAAUCCAGAUCGUGGCCAUCGAUGCUGAUGAAGGCAUGAAUGCCGAUGUCACCUACUCCGUUGCAUCCAGAGAUGACAAGAUCGAGGAGAUACUGGAAAUCAAUCCUCUCACAGGAUUUAUCACCAUCAAGGAGAGCUUGGUGGGACUAGAGAACAACUCCUUUACCUACUAUGUGAAGGCACAGGAUGGGGGUUCCCCACAGCAGGAUUCCUGUGUUCCUGUCACUGUCAAAGUUAUCCCACCUGAGCUGUCAAUCCCGCGAUUCUCAGAACCGCUGUACUCCUUCUCGGCCUCAGAAGACCUCCCAACUGGAUCAGAAAUUGGUCUAAUCAAGGCAGAGUCUGACCAACCAGUUAUAUAUAGCCUGGUGAAGGGAAACACUGAUGAAAGUAACAGGGACGAGGUGUUUACCCUUGAUAAGAACACUGGAACUUUGAAAGUUGGCAAAAACAUUGAUCACGAGAAAACCAAGUGGUACCAGAUUGAUGUAAUUGCUCAGUGUUUUCAUGGCGAUAUUGAGGUUGCUUCCUCUGUGUCUAUCAAUAUCCAGGUGAAGGAUGUUAAUGAUAAUCAACCCAUUUUUGAGGCAAAUCCGUACAAAGCUUUCAUCCCAGAAAACAUGCCAGCAGGAACCACAGUGAUACAAGUGACGGCCAAUGACCAGGAUACAGGGACCAAUGGACAUGUGACCUAUAGCCUCUCCGGUGAAUUUGAUGAUGUCACGGAUGUUUUUGCUAUUGAUGGUGUGAGUGGAUGGCUGACCACCCUGAAGGAAUUGGACGGUGAAGCAAAGAGCAGGUACAAGUUUGCCGUCGUGGCGUUCGAUCACGGAGGAAGAGUGCAGCUGUCCUCGACGGCCAUCGUAGAGGUUGAGAUCAGUGAUGAAAAUGACAACCCCCCGCAAUUCACGAAGAGGAUCUACAGGGGCUCACUCAGUGAAGACAGCGAACCUGGAGAAGUGGUUGUUGUCCUCAGUAUGACAGAUGCGGAUAUUACAGAAUCCAACAGACAAGCCACCUGCUACAUUACAGAUGGUGACCUCUUGGGCCAGUUUGGGAUUGAAAAAUUUGAAGACCAAUGGCGGGUUUAUGUAAAGGAACCAUUGGAUCGGGAGGAGCAAGAGAAAUAUGUUCUAAAUAUCACAGCUACUGAUGGCAAGUUCUUGGCUGAGUCUGCAAUCGAGGUUCUCGUCCACGACAUUAAUGAUAACAGUCCACACUGUCAACCGCUGAUGUACAAAGAGAUCAUUUCAGAAGGAGCACCUUGGGGGCAGUUCAUCUUGAAAGUUUCUGCAAACGACCCAGACGCUGGCAGCAAUGCUCAAAUUACCUACACUCUGCUAGGGCCGGGCGCAAACAAGUUUCGACUUGACCCACAGACAGGGGAACUGAUGACAGUUGAUUCUUUGGACCGUGAGAAUCAGGCUGCGUAUAAUCUGAUUGCCAAAGCGUCUGAUGGUAGUGGCCUGUACUGUGAGGCAGAUAUCAACAUCGAUGUACAGGACGUAAAUGACAAUCCUCCCAAAUUCUCCGCUACCCAGUACGCUGUGUCCGUCUUUGACAACACCACUACUAAAACACCUGUGGCAGUUGUCCAUGCCAGGGACCCUGAUAUUGGUGUCAAUGCAGAGGUCACUUACUCCUUAGUGGAAUCAGCAAAUGACUUCUUCUCCAUUGAUGAACUCUCCGGUGUGAUAUACCUGGCAAAAUCAUUACAUAAGGAGCAGCAGAAAACCUUUAACCUUAUUGUUCAGGCCAGAGAUCACGGCCUUCCGCGGAGCCUUUCUUCAUUUGCCAGUGUCGUCGUUUCAGUCAUUGGGAUUGAAGAGUUCAUCCCUGUCUUUAUACAAAGGGAGUACAUUGCCACGGUCCCAGAGGAUGUGAGCAAUGGAGCACAGAUACUUAGUGUGUCAGCGUUAACCCGAGAUGCCAAUAAUAAUGCACAGAUCCUUUACACCAUUACCAAUGGCAAUGAGCAUGGCAAGUUCCGCAUUGAUUCUAAAACAGGAGCCAUGUACGUGAAUGGGAGCUUGGACUAUGAAUCCUGCCAGGAGUAUUAUCUGUCAAUUGAUGGCAACAGGGAGGGGAAGCCUUUGCUCAGUGACACUACGACGGUAAUCAUCAAUGUCACAGACGUUAACGAUAACCCUCCCACUUUUGGCUACAGUGUCCAAGCUGCCGACAUCAGUGAGGAUGCUGCACUGGGAGAAAUGGUCCUUAAAGUGACAGCUUCUGACAAAGAUGGACCCCUCAACAACCUGAUCCAUUAUUCAAUACUAAACGGAGAUCUCAACCAGCAUUUUACUAUUAACUCAAAGAAUGGGGAGAUUUUGUUAUCACAGCACCUUGACAGGGAGGAAAUAUCCAGUUACUCUUUGGUGGUCCGGGCUACGGACAAUGGUGUACCUCCACUAUCCAGUGAUAUCACUGUAAACCUCCAGGUUUUAGAUGUGAAUGACAACCCUCCCACAUUUUUUCAAUUCAACUAUAGCGUGGUUAUUCAGGAGAAUGAGGAAAUUGGCUCCAGUGUGCUCCAGCUGUUGGUGAUAGACAGAGAUUCGGCUUCCAAUGGGCCGCCAUUCCUUUUCACUAUCACUGCUGGAAAUGAGGCCAACAACUUCCACAUUGACCAACAUGGACUGCUGAAAACUCAAGCUCGUCUCCAACAGAGAGUGAGAGAUCAAUACAUUCUGCAGGUCCAGGUCACAGACAGUGGCUGGCCACCUUUGUCAUCCUCAUCUUUUAUAAACAUCCGUGUAACCAAGGAAAGUCGCUAUCCACCAUCUGUGCUCCCGCUGGAAGUCUUCAUUGUUACUUCGGACAGCGAGUUCCCUGGGGGGUUCGUUGGAAAGAUUCACGCAACAGACCUUGACCUACACGACACUCUCACAUACAGCACUGCCCCAGGUUUUGCCCUGAGUAGCAUGUUUUCUGUGGGCAGCACAGAUGGCAAAGUGCUGGCACUGCAUGCCUUAGAGACAGGACACUACCUGUUUAAUAUCAGUGUCUCUGACCGAAAAUUCAUCAGCACAGUGGAAGCACAAAUACACGUCAUGCAUGUGACACCAGAUGUGCUAGACCAAGCUGUUCUGGUAGAGCUGUCACAGAUUACUCCAGAAAAAUUCAUCAGUGAUCAUUGGCGGAGCUUUCAAAGGUCCUUAGCAAGUCUCCUGCUGGUUAAUAAGAAUGACGUUGAUCUCCUCAGCCUGCAGCCAGCUCAGGCCUCUUCCAACCUCGAUGUCCUCCUGGUGGUAAAGAAAUCAGCAGAGUCCUUCUAUGAACCAGGGGUUGUGCAGGAGAAGCUCAUCUCCUCUACCAUGGAUUUGAAGAGGAGGGAUGAAAUUCACAUUGUGAGGGUAGUGCACCAUUGUUCUGAUCACUCCUGCCAGCAACAGCACUGCCAAGCGAACUUCCAACUGGACAUGGGAAAUGUGUUCACAUACACAACCGCCAUUCUGAGCUUCAUUGUUCCUCAGCAUCUACACCAGCGCACCUGCUCAUGUCAUGAUUCUUCUCUGAGAUUCAGUGGUGGCAGUUACUUGAAGUAUCGUUAUCUGAGUGAAGAAGAUCCAGUGACGACAAAGAUUAGCUUCCAAAUGAAAACAUUGCAAACAGAGGCAGUAGUGAUGUACAGCCAAGGAAUUGGCUCUAUCCUAUUAGAGAUUAUCAGUGGAAAGCUGGUCUUCACAUAUGCCUGUGAUGGGAUGACUAGUGUUCUGUCAGUGGACAAUGUAACAGUCAACACUGGCCUGUGGCACUCUGUUGUGGUCAAGGUAACCGAGGAGUCAGCAAUGCUGGUGCUCGACAGUGUGCACAUUGCUUCUGCUGCCCUUUCCAAAGCAUGUCGCAGAAAUGCAUUGCUGUUCUUAGGGGGUAAAGUUCAAGAGAAAAAUCUGGAACCCAAUAAUGACAGAACAGUGACGAGGGAGUUUAAAGGCUGCCUUGGUUCGAUUAAAUUUCAGAGUGGUAACAGGAGUGAAAAGGAAGGGACAACUGAACCAAACGUGGUUAUUGAAACAUCUGUAGGAGUUGAAGACUGUUGCCCCUCUGGAAUAUGUACGAAAGUACCAUGUCAAAAUGGAGGAAUGUGCAUUGAAACUCCAACUGGAGGAUAUUUUUGCAAGUGUCCAAAGAACAUUCUUGGUGAACAUUGUGAACUGAUUAAUCAUCCUUGUCUGUCAAAGCCCUGUUUAAAUGGUGGCUUUUGCAUUCCACAGAAGAGUGGCUACAUUUGUAACUGCACAAAAGAGUUUUCAGGACCAAGGUGCAACGAGGAUGUCAAUGAAUGUCUGAAGUAUCCCUGCUUGAACAAUGGGAGCUGUGAGAACAUUGACGGUUCCUUUAACUGCAGCUGUGCGCCCGGAUACACUGGAGUGUUGUGUGAGGUUUUGGGGAAUGAGCAGUUGCGUAGCUCUCCACUGAUCAGCAAGUACGAAAUCAUUGAAAUAGCAGGGGCAGUACUGGCCAUCUGCAUCUUAGUCGCUCUCUUUGUCGCCUUCCGUAAGUUCAAGUCCAAGAAGAAGAAGCAACCUACCUUGAGUGUCCUGGGCAGCAAUGAACUUUCUAAGAGUGAAAUAACCAAGCACGCUUGCUGUGAUUCACAUUCAUCGGCGCUCAUCCCUCUCAACAUUCUCAAGGGCUCCACUUACGACCUAAAUAAAGACUCCUGCCGUGGGUUUGGACCACAGGUUCAGCCAGAUCUCAACACUUUCACUCCAACCCACAAGGGCAGACCAACCGUGGUGUGCAGCGUGGCUCCAAACCUCCCUCCUCCUCCUUCAUCCAACUCGGAUAAUGAAUCUCUACCAAAAACCACCUGGGAGUGCGAGUACGAGGUCUACCAUGGUGACCCUCCAGUCUGGCCUCCGCAGCCUGAACCCUCAAGAACACAUGAAUACCCACAUAAUGAAGGAAGGGAGGAGAAUCUCCAACAUCCAAUGGGCAAUGAACAUUUUGACACCUUCGAUGGCUUCCCAUUCCCCCUGGACCACCGCCCCAAAUGGAGCAAGCGAGCACCUCUGCCACCACAGUACAACGAUCACGGGCUGGAGGACUUCCCCGAUGGCAGUCCGAUGCCUUUGCUGCCAUCCCGCUGCCAGAAUGAAUACACUGCCAUCAGCUACUACCCGGCGGAGCUGCUCAAGGCCCAGCCGCCGGGCAUUCCCCCCCAGCCAGGGUACCAAAAGGUUCACGUUCGCCUCAGCGUUGCCCAGCCAUCCUACGCAGAGUGCGGACCCAUGCACGCCCAGGGCAUGACGCCCCACUUGGUGAUCCCCACCUGUUAUGAAGACUCUGAUCUAAUGGAGAGUGACUAUGGCAGCUGCGAAGAGGUGAUGUUUUAAUCUGAGGACUUCUUCACGACUCUUAUCAUGCACUUUGAGACUUUUCAGAGCCACGAUCUGCAAGAUCACCCUCACAUUGGGUCUGAGUAGAAAGGGUAAUUCAACACUUUCUGGACAAGGGGGGUAAUUAUUAGUGUCCCAGGCUGACCGGUCCUGUGACCACAUGAGUGCAGAGCUGCAGAUUGGGCAGAACAUUGACGUUGUAUGGACAUUGUCCAACUGAGAAACACCCCGUCGAAGACUACCAGGAAACUGAGAAAACAAAUGCAAUAUUGUAACUUUUUCAGUUUGUAAACUUUGAGAUUGUGAAAAUUUGGUCUUCUGAGUACUAUGCAACUAUAAUCUAUCCCCAACCACAAAAGUAUUGAAAUAGUAAGAGUGUGGAAAAUAUUCUGUAUGCCAUCUGUUUGCUAAUGGAUAUUUGCAUCAGGUAUGCUAUUUGUGGUUAUGCACGUUUGAAAGUAUCCUGAAAGCCGGUUUAAUACUUUUCAUGUUUGACUGUCACAAUUUGAAUUCAGCAUGUUUUUGUGUGAUUGGUUUGUGAUAAUGUUUAUAAUGUUGCAGUUGAUUAUUAAUUUUACCCUGUUAAUUUUACAUGGGGCCUGAAUGCAAUCAGUGACAGUCUUUACCUUGAAUACAAUCUUUACUUUCAAUCUACCUGACCAGGGAAUAAACAUUGGUCUUAUAAAUUUAGAGAGAAAAGACUCCAUUCCCCAAGUCUUGAUAUUCCUUCAUGCAUGCAAUUCACAAAAAUAAGCAUUAAUUAUUAAACAUUGCAUAAUUAAAGUUAAGCCUUAUUUAUUGCUUUAAAAGCAGGCUUCCCACAUAAAGGACAAAGAUGUGAUAAAGCAGAUGUAUUACUGUCCAAUAUCCAUUUCAAUCAAUUGGCCAGUGAGCAAGUUAUUCACAUGUGUGGGAACAGGUUUCUGAGAUGUGGAGAGCAUUUUUAUAAAAGGAAAGGAUUAUAUUUACAUCAUGAAUUCAUCACAGAGGUGCAGUUUAGGGAAAUACAGGCAUAUUCCUGCAUGUCAGAGCUGGUGAGAGUAGAUAAAAGUGAGAACCUCUGAACCUUGGGGAAAAGUCACAAACAGAAUGAACUUCAAACGAGUCAGCUGAAGGAAAAGGAGUUCUCACACAGCAAGAUAAAGUUAUCAUCAGAAAUCGGACAGUAUUCCAAUGUGCAACAUACUUUUAAAAAAGUAGUGCCUUCUCCUUUGCUUGAGAGAGAGGAGCAUUUGUGCUUUCCUAGAUACUUGUUAAUCCAGCAUUCCUCUCAGCCUUGGAGGAGUACCUUGCUGCUGUCUUGGGGCACUUUAGACAAGGACUCAACUCUGGCCUCCAGUAACAUCAACUCUGGCUCAUUUAGUAGUAUAGUCACUUCAGAAGCAGAAUGUUCUUGGUUCAUAUCCCACCUCGAACAUCCAGGCUGACUUAGAUGAGACAUUCAAACAGAACCUGUCCACUUCCUGUUCUGUAGACAAGAUGGUGGCCACACUACAGAAUUAACCUCAGUAUCCUGACCAAUACUUAUCCCUAACUCAAUAUUACUCAACAACAUUGUUUUGCAAUCAAUUUCUGUGAUAAGAGUAACGGUUGUACAAUUGGUUGCUGCAUUUCUUGCUUUUCACAGUGACCACAUUUCCUAGCUGAAAAUUAUCAGGCACGACAUAAAAGCAAACCUUUCUUUCUUUCUAUGUUUCUUGUCCUGACUUGAAUGGUAUUAUACUGGAUUAAAAAAAAUGGUUGCACUAUCUACAUACUCGAAGAAUUACUGUUCAGAACUUGAUGUAUCAAAAUAAAACUUUCUUGAAUCCAGAUUGAUGCAGAAACAUUCAGUUAAUAUGUCCUGGAUCUCAUUUUCAGCAACUGGCAUCUACAGUUUUAUUGCACAUUGAACCAAGACUUCUUUAAUGUAAAUACAGCCUAUAAUUAGUAUUACACACAGUGAUACGAACUGUCAAAGGCUUGGACCUACAAUAUCUGAUAUACCAGGAUCAUCUAUAUUCAUUACCCUCCAUUCCAUUCAAACCACUGGCCUCAAUUAGGCUUUGAAUGUAAAGCAGUCUCCCUUUAUGCUAUAGUUUUCUGCCUGAAGACUGAUGUAUAAAAUUGGCUAUUGUGUUUGAAGGCCACAAGCUAGAGACUGUCUUUCAAAGUUGUGUAUUUUAUGAAGGGGAGGGAGAUCUUGAACUGAAUUCUGUGUCUGCAAAGGUUCAUGACAAACUGUGCUACACCAGAAUGAGUCUUGCAUGUGAAGGUGAUGUGGAGUGAUCAACUAUCAGAAAGAGCCAAAUUGCUGGUCAAGCUGAAUUGAGUAAGAGUGAUUUCAAAGUUGUAGCACAUCUUCAUUCUCGCUGGUAUCAUUAUGCUAAAAUGUGCUAUCUAAACCAUUUUAAUAAAAUGUGAGCAUAUUGCCCAGUCAGGAGUGUUAAAUAUACUAUAUAAUUGUAACAGUGUGUUGUACUGCAUCCACGUAAUUCAGCAAUGAACAAUACGCUGAUUUCAUUAUCUAGCAUAUUUGGCAUCAUCAAUCUCUAGGCAUGUUUUAUUUGUGU